CCAUACAUAUGCAAAAGCUGAGAAGCUUCCAUCCUUUAUCAUUCUGGAUGACACGGUGACUGAGCAUUCAUAUUCAAGGAAAACUACUGUUUGUAGUCAUUCCACUCCUUUGAAACGAAAAAGAAACAGGGAUGCUUCGACUCCAACAGGAGAAACCCCCAAAGUAAUUGAUAAAAAACAGGUACUACUAUUGCAAGGUGGUCAGAGAAGGAAAAAAAAAGUUUAUACAGUCAUCUCACAAAGUUCCCUCCAACACUACCAGUUUCAAAUGAAUAUUGGAGGAACUGUGCUGCAGCUAUCAAUCAAGAGACUGGCUCAUCUAGGACAGGAGCAUCAUGUAGAAGUUUCUACAACAGGGCACUCCUUAAUGAACCAGUCAUGGUUCUUUCAAAGCAGCAAUCUGAUGAUUUGGCAGGGAUUUCUACUAUUGAAGAUUCAGCCAUGCCGGAGGACAUACAUAUUUCUUCAACUCGAUUAUCUACAAAGAAUGCAGCAUGUCAGACUGAUUUGAUCAUUCCAGUGAUUAAUAGCAGUCCUAUGUCCGCUCAAGAACAGCAAGCGACCCAAGAAUCUGCAGAUACUCAUGCAGAUUCAGAUACAUUAGUACAUAGCAUUUUACAGGACAGGCUUGUUGCAGCUCACAAACUUGACACCAGUCAUAUCAAUUCGAGUGAUGCUAUGGACUUGAUAGUAUCUUUAUUCAGUGGUGACUCUGUAGAUGUAUUGGCCAAAAAGAUAUAUUGUAUACAAAGUCUCAGACAAAACAUUUGGAAAUUAUUCAUUUCCCAAUUAGAGGAUGAUUCCAAAUACUCUACACAGAGACGAGCAAGUUACCUAAGUGACACUGGCUAUUCUGCUUUAGUUAGUUUUGAUUGGACAUCUGUGGUAAGAGAAAUGGUGGAUUUCAAUCCCUUACUUCUAGAUGUGCUGCUCUCCGCAUCCACAAGUGCAAAAAAGCAACGAAGUGCUGAUCACUACAAACAGAUUGUACCUGAGUGUGGCCUUGUAUAUGGAAUUCUAAUGAAGAGGAGAUUUCAGGACAUGUCCCGUAUUCAGAGAUUCAUCUCUCUUGCACUGGCAAAUGAAAGAGUACACCAAAAGGUUUAUGACAGACUUCAGCCUAUGGGUGUUACUGUAUCACACAGUGUUCUGCUUAAGGUACAAAAGCACAUUGGGGGACAUUUCAACCAGGAGCUUAUUGAUGCUGUGAAGGAAGGAAAGAGGUUCCGCCUGGUUGGAGAUAAUGUAAAUUUCCAGCUUACUGCAAGUCAUCAGCGCCAGGGUCAGUCGAAGCACAUGGAACACUGGUUUGCUUCUGCAGCUAUCAUCCAGAGUGGAGACUUUCAUACACUGCCUAACAUUGCUCCUCAAGUGCCCCUCAUGCAGCUGUCUGCUGAUUUUUUUUUACCACAGCAACAGGACUGGGAUGUGAUCCGGCAUGAGUACAGUGUGCUAACCCUCCGGGUGAUUACCAAAUUCUUGAAGGCAUUCCAGGAUUUCAAGGUAUUGGCCAAACGAAUGACUGAAGAAUUGCAGCCAGUAUCUCACGACAUAAGCUCAGUACACAAAAUCAUUCCUCUGCCUGUGUUGGCCAAAAAUGAGCAAAAGUAUACUGAUGUUGUCGAUAUACUGGAUGAAUAUGAAAAUCUUAUCGCAGAGAUUUUCAAUUCUGCUGGUAAACCCCUAGAAACAAACACUAGAGUGCACAUUGGAGGUGACCAGCUGACCCGUGAGCGCUUCUCUGGAGCAAAAAGGCUUCGUUCAUGUGCAAAUGAUGAUAGGGAAAAACUUAGUCAUCUUGCCCCAAUUACAUUUGAAAUGUUUCAUCUUCAAAUGACAGUUCUGACAGUUUUUUAUAAACUAUUGUACAGAAAAGACAGUAUUGAACCUGGCACCUUAUAUGCUGAAAAAAUAAGGUUGUCAAGAAGUGAUGCUAAUGGUGAUGACGUAAAAAAUCACUAUGACCACUGUAAAGAACUUGCCAUUUCUCUCAUUGAUACAUAUAUCACUGUUGCAGCAAUGAAAUAUUUUGGUAUGGCCACAUUGGAUUCAGAUCCUACUCAAAAUUUCCCUAAAGAAAUUGAAAAUAUGACAGACCUAGAGAAAAAAGAAGUGCUUUUGAAAAUCAUUAAUGACUUUGUUAGCAGUAUGGUACUUCAAAAGGUGCAGGAGAACUUUGAAAAUCAGCCUACAUCUCAUGGAAACUCAAGCAUUCCAAUCAUUGUUUGUCUACCAGAUGGAUCCAGAAUUAAUCUAAUGGUUCCUAUUGCAACCAACCAAAUUAAAUCCUCCAAUGUUACAAGUACAUGUACUUCUGAUCUUGAUGGAGUGAAAAUGUAUGGUUCUUGUGUUCUUGAACUUGGUUUUCUUUACAAAAGUGUACUGCAGAAUGUGAAAAUUCCAAACAGAGACAGAUUCAUACCACUUUUGAAAUAUUUGAUGUGUGUCUUAAAAGGACAUAGCAACAAUUCCAAGUAUGCCCUGGAAAUUCUUCGAUUUCUUUGUCAUCAAUUAGGAACACUGAGUGAAAAAACUGCCCAGGAAACUUUCUAUGGACUAUUUGUAAACACCAAGGGAAAGUUUGACACAUCAAUUGGAGCAGAUCUCCAAAUGGAACAUGUUGUGAGACUUGUCAAAGGACAUUUGCGGUCUGUUUCCUCUAACAAAAGCGAAAAAACACUUUCAAAACGAACAGCAGCAUUUGCUGGAAUGAAACACAUAUCUGAGGAAUUUGAUAAAAAAACUGACGUUGUUAUUCGAGCUCAUAAGCACAGAAUUAAAUCAUCUGAAAGUGACGAAAUUAAAAUAAUCAAAGAACUACAAACCAUCAAACCAUUUGAUGAGCAGAAAGGCCGCACACUAGUUUCAUAUUCUCACCCAGUUCAAAGCCCACUAAGAAGACUAGAGCUGCAUCACCUAAAAAACUGGAUCAGGCAGCACCAGUAUAACAUCUACCAUGAACUUGGGCAGUAAUUAAAGAUCAAUACAUGAGGGUAAACUAGUUUUGGCUAAAAUUGAAAAUGAAUACUGCAUGUUGAUCAAUACCAAAUUUAUUUAUUUAGUGUAAAUAUCAUAUCAUAUGCAUGCGUCUUACUAAACAUGUAGAAAGUCUUUUCAGUGGAUAUUAGACAAUUCAAUAUGCACAAAAAGGCUCAUUAGUCUAAUUCUAAGGUCCUUUAAUAGACUGGCAAAUUAUGCUUGACAAUGCUUCUGCAGUUGAUUCAUCAAAAGAAAAGUCUUGAACAAUGGAAGAAGGUUCCACAUAGAACUCUGCAUUAAAUACCAAUUUCUCAACAUGUAAUUCUGUAAUGGUUGUUAGUUUUAAUGUCUGAACAUACAUACUUAUAGCAUUUCUGACAACUCCUUUCUUAUCAAGCAUCAAAGGUUCCUUAAACUGCCAACUGCAUUUCAGGUCGGUGUUGCAGACAUCACAUUUUUUACAUGCAAACCCUGUAUCAGUAGCAUCAUAACCAAAAUAAGAAUCUAUAAAGUUUUUUCGACACAUGACAUCAUUUCGACAGUAUUUUCCAACACUCUUUGAAACUCCUUGACGACCAAGAUCAGAAUUGUUGAAGUAGAGAACAGCUAUACACUCAUCUCCACUUCUGCCAGCUCUGCCCACUUGUUGAAUAUAAGCUAAAUAGAAAUUGCACUUGUAUCAUAUUUAUAAUGUAUGAAUGUUUUAAUUGUCAAACCUUGAUUAAUGCAUGUUAAAAAUUGUAUGACAUAAUCAAUAAAUAUUAGGGGCUUAAAAUCUUUUAUUAAAAUGCAUUGGU